AUGCCCGCUCGUGAUAGCGCACAGCGCCAGUGGAAGGAGGCCAAGAUUUUCCCUUCAUUUUCAGUAGCAUCUGGAGAGCCGGGGAUGGGAUCCGUUGCGGACUCGGUCAAAGUUCCCUUGGAGGGAGGUGCUUGGGGGACGGAUUCCUCGGACUACACGCCUCAGUCCCGAAUCCAGCUUGCCUCGUUCUCUCCACGCCUCAAUAACUCGUCGACAAGAGUUACGGCACCGCCGAUUCCAAACCUUGUCCAGCUGAGGAAUGAAGAACACGUCGUCCCUUAA